AUGAGACUAACUGGUGAGUCACGCAUAGCUACAUAUUAUAUAGAUGACUUGACAUCCAGCAACACCUUUAAAAAGGCGAUAGAAAGGGAUUUUGAGAGAAGCCUGAAGCUCAUCAACAAUGAACGAACUCCUGGUCCGGUCUUGCCAGAAGGGGCCCCUGACUCUGAUCUCCCUCCCGGCGGAGAUACAGGAGGCCAUCCUCUAGACCUCGUGUUAUACCAACCAGGUAGAAUCGUCAAGCAGAUACUACGGACAAGUAUUCCUGACGAUGGCUUUAUUGAUGAUUACUUUGAAUCACUCAAGAAGAUACCAAGGCCAAAUCUCUCCUUAAGUGAGGCCGUUGCGCUGGAAGACUACAAUCGGCUUGUCAAUAACUUUGCCCGUGACUUUGCUCGUAGGGCUCUCUCUAAGCAUCCCAUCACCAGAGUGGAAGAGAAAUGUCCGUGGCCUGUUACCGAGAGAGAGAGUUAUCGUAUUCUGCGGGCCUUCUACAGAUUUGAGCUUUACUGGAAGUUAUUCCAGGGGACAGAAAAACCACGCGGCGAAAGACAUAGACAAUUAACCAUCCCUCUCAAGGACCAUUCAAAGCUUUUCUUUGACCGUUUCGCUCCGUGGGAGAACGAGCAGGUUGCCUGUAUCCAGGAUUUCCUCCUGCGGUUAAUUGACGAACGUGAGUGCCUGAAAGAACGGAUUCUCACAACUUUGUCUCUAGUGUACAAUGAUGUUGCUGCACACGACGUGGAAUGGGGUGAAGCGGAUAUUCCAUUUAACGAAGGUUAUGAGGCUGGGACAUCAACGAUAUCGCUGGGGUUAAUGUUCAUUCAUCGUCUCCGUGUUACGAAGAAAUAUCACUGUCGACUAGAAUUAUUAAAUGCCCAUCGCAGAUUUCAGUUAGCCUCGAUUGACCAGGCUCUUAAACCACAUGAAUUAUGGUUCACAGACCGUGUUCCAUUAUCAAAGUAUAGUGAUGAGCAAAUAAAGCGCCUUAUCCAGACACCUAAUAUACGUGGACAUCGGGGCCCAAUAAAGGUGUGGGGGAUUACACAUUUAAACUUGUCCAGUAGUGAUUUUGUGAUGGCCGAUGAGCAUAUUCCUCUCCGCGAAAGGGGGUAUGUUAUGUGGAGUUAUGACAGACUGAAAAAAUGGGGUUGUUUGAAAGUCCCUGGCAACCACUACCACCAGAGUCAUACCACAUUCCUCAUGAAGCGGCACAUGAGGUACUUGAAUCCCAUCGCCGAAGGACACAGAUCUGGUUAA